GCCCUCGGUAGCCUUGGUAGUUAUUCAGCCCUGGCUCGGAUGCAAAACAAUAAAAGUUUGGGGAAUAUUUCAGUAAAACUUUAUAAAACAAACGAACGUGCAUGUUUACAUUCAUAGUAAUUAAAAUAUAGCACACACGCAGGACGUGUCGCACAAGCACUUACAUAGCACCGACGCUCUCGUGCUGGUCGUGAUUUUAACAAAAUGAUUAAAUGCUCAAUAUGGUCGCUAUUCAAAUUGACGCUUGCAAUUGCGUUCUAUGCACCAGAUGCAAUCAAUUGCUAUAAAAUAGUUCGUCUGCAGGAUAAUUUGUGCUCGGACAAGCUCAUCUAUACGUUGUCUAAGGCCUUUCGUGGCGAUCCAAUGCUACGGCUAACCGAUGAACACGAUUCCGCUGCAAUUAUAACUCAAACCUGGAAUGUAACUCUGCCCAGUGGAGGGCAUUCGGUUAAUAAAAUCAAGUAUGAUUGCCAGUUCCGGGUUCAGACCAAUGAGCGUCCACCGCGUGGCAUUUUCACGAUCAUCACACGGUUAAAGCUACGCAGCGAUCCGGUGACCAAGAAAUGUAUCGACUACAUACAGUUUAGCAGCGGCAAUCGUUCGCCCAGCGAACGGAUUUGCAGCGACAUUUCCAUCAAUGGUCCCGCUGGCCGUUUAAUGUUCGAUCAGCGUGAUCGUGACGCACAUGUUCACAUAUUUAUCAAUCGGGAUCGGCAUAUAUUGGCGGAGCCACUUGAGCUACACAUGGUCCUGACGGCACACUCCGAAUGCCAGUUUGCUGGCGAUAUUCUGUGCAAUCCAAAGGAUAAAUACUCCUGCAUAUCGCGUCAUUUUGUUCAAGACAAUAUAACAAACUGUAUGUAUCCAUGCCGGGAUGAGGGUACCUGCUUCCACGAUGCUAUUCCGCCUGAAGAAAUGGACACAACAAAUGUGGCCCUUUCGGCAAUUACAUCGCUCAUCUUUACCAUGGUAGGCGUAGGAUUUUGUGUGUGGAUCUGUUGGAAAUACUGGAACUGCAUUACAGUGCAGCAGCACGCCCACGAAGCAUCUGCAGCACGCUUCAAUCAACGACGUAACCGGUCUGAUGUGCCCACCAUAGAGCUGCCCACGGCAACUUCGUACGAUGGUGUGCUGACCCACGAUAUGUCGCCAGUGUCGCAGGGCCGUUAUCAACAGCAGCAACAGCCGGCCACACCCAAAGAUCUGCCGCCCAGCUACGAAUCACUGUUCCCCGAUAGAUAAGAGCUGCCUAAAAUGCAUUAAGCUGAUUGCUCCCGUUUUUGUGCCAGGCAGAUAGGAAUCAGUAGUUGUUGGCGCCAAACUCCGAACUCGAACUCACAUUUAUUGCAGAACAAUUGUUGUAACAGUUCCAUUCCUAAUUAGGUAUUUGUUCAAUUACAAGGAAGUAAUUGUAAGUAAUUACACAUCAUAGGCAAUUAGCAGAGAGAUAACUGCAAUGUAUAUAUGCACAUUUGUUCUAGUGUUAGGGCUGAUUUGAUGUUUUCUGAAUUAGAAUUAGCCAUAAUUAAGAUAUUCGGUAAAUGUGUUCAAGCAAGCUAUACUAAUCAAGUACAACCAACUACGGCAACUCAAUUUGAAAAUAUGAGAUUCAUCUGAUUUUAGUAUUAUUAUUUUAAUAUUUUAUAUGUAUAUAUAAAUAUUUGUUUUUAUUUUAAUUAAUAGUUUUAUAUUCAUAUUCAUGAUUUGUUUAUUUUAAAUUUGUUUAAUACCAAAUUCUGUAUUUCAUUUCAUAAAUGCAACCAAUGUCGUAUGUAACCCGAGCACUAAUGAAAUCUCAAUCAAUUAGUAAUGCAAUUGUAUUAACUGUAAGCUAAACUACAAACUAAACUAGUUAGCGCAAAUUUGAAGAUUCCAUUGAACUAAUUGUAACAUAAGUAUUAUGCAAUGAUAUUCAAUCUAUAUGAUAUAAAUAUAUAUCUAUAUAUGUAUGUAUGUAUGUAAUAGCUGCAAAUGUUAAACACAAGAGAUUAGCGGCAUUCCAUCUAGUUGUACCUGUAUUAUAUACACAUAAAUGUUUACCUAUAUAUACACGCUUGUACGAAAAUGUAAGCAGAAAGACAUCAAUUAUGUUAUUGCAGGCCUUGGUCGUCAAUUGUUUAAGCAAAUCUAUAAGCGAUAUUGUAUUAUUUAAGAUACAGUAUUUACUCAAAAUAUGUAACCGCUAACGGUCAAUUUAAAGCAUACAAACAAACACACUCACAUAUACGUAUUAACUAUAAAUAAACCAACUAAAUGUUUAAAA